AUGGCAUCAGAGAUCCACAUGCCAGGCCCAGUAUGCCUCAUUGAAAACACUAAAGGGCAUCUGGUGGUGAAUCCAGAAGCUCUGGAGAUCCUGUCUGCCAUAACACAGCCUGUAGCAGUGGUGGCAAUUGUGGGCCUCUACCGCACAGGCAAAUCCUACCUGAUGAACAAGCUGGUUGGGAAGAACAAAGGCUUCCCUCUGGGCUGCACAGUGAAGUCUGAAACCAAAGGCAUCUGGAUGUGGUGUGUGCCCCACCCCUCUAAGUCAAACCACACCCUGGUCCUUCUGGACACGGAGGGCCUGGGUGAUGUGGAAAAGAGUGACCCUAAGAAUGACUCGUGGAUCUUUGCCCUGGCUGUGCUUCUAAGCAGCAGCUUUGUCUACAACAGCAUGAACACCAUCAACCACCAGGCCCUGGAGCAGCUGCACUACGUGAUUGAACUAACAGAGCUAAUCAGGGCAAAAUCCUGCCCCAAACCUGAUGAAGUUGAGGACUCCGGCGAGUUUGUGCGUUUCUUUCCAGACUUUAUUUGGACUGUUCGGGAUUUUACCCUGGAGCUGAAGUUAGAUGGACACCCCAUCACAGAAGAUGAAUACCUGGAGAAUGCCUUGAAGCUGAUUCCAGGCAGGAAUCCCAAAAUUCAAAAUUCAAACAUGCUGAGAGAGUGUAUCAGGCAUUUCUUUCCAAAACGGAAGUGCUUUGUCUUUGACCGGCCUACAAAUGACAAACAAUAUUUAAAUCAUAUGGAUGAAGUGCCACAAGGAAAUCUGGAAAGGCAUUUCCUGAUGCAAUCAGAAAACUUCUGUUCUUAUAUCUUCACCCAUGCAAAGACCAAGACCCUGGGAGAGGGAAUCACUGUCACUGGAAACCGGCUGGGGACUCUGGUGGUGACUUAUGUAGAUGCCAUCAACAGUGGAACAGUACCUUGUCUGGAGAAUGCAGUGACAACUCUGGCCCAGUGUGAGAACUCAGUGGCUGUGCAGAGGGCAGCCGACCACUAUAGCCAGCAGAUGGCCCAGCGACUGAGGCUCCCCACAGACAUGCUCCAGGAGCUGCUGGACAUGCACACGGACUGUGAGAGGGAAGCCAUUGCAGUCUUCAUGGAACACUCCUUCAAGGAUGAAAACCACGAAUUCCAGAAGAAGCUUGUGGACACCAUAGAGAAAAAGAAGGAAGACUUUGUGCUGCAGAAUGAAGAGGCAUCUGUCAAAUAUUGCCAGGCUGAGCUUAAGCAUCUUUCAGAGCACCUGACAGAAAGCAUUUCGAAAGGAAUUUUCUCUGUUCCUGGAGGACACAGUCUCUACUUAGAAGAAAAAAACCAGAUUGAGCAGGACUAUAAGCUAGUGCCCAGAAAAGGAGUUAAGGCAAAUGAGGUCCUCCAGAGCUUCCUGCAGUCACAGGUGGUUAUAGAGGAAUCCAUCCUGCAGUCAGACAAAGCCCUCACUGCUGGAGAGAAGGCCAUAGCAGCGGAGCGGGCAAUGAGGGAAGCAGCUGAGAAGGAACAGGAACUGCAAAGAGAAAAACAGAAGGAGCAGCAGCAAAUGAUGGAGGCUCAAGAGAGAAGCUUCCAGGAACACAUGGCCCAAAUGGAGAAGAAGUUGGUGCGGGAAAGGGAAAUCUUUCUCAGAGAGCAUGAAAGUAUGCUGAAACACAAGCUGAAGGUACAAGAAGAAAUGCUUAAGGAAGGGUUUCGAGAGAAAUCUGAGCAGUUAAAUAAAGAGAUUAAUAAACUGAAAGAAAAACUUGAAAGAACUAAAAAUGAAGAACUCUUUCUGCUUUUGAAGACCCUUGACACAGUUGGCAAAUUAAUGAUUGGGGCUUCUAAGCUACUUGGAGUAGCUACUUGUUGCUCACGUAUUUAAGAGCCUGAAUAUUCCUGGUAAGAAAAUAUAAAAUGAGAUUUAUUUUAUUUUAAUAACAUAACACUGUUGAUAAUUUUGUAAGUAUAUGUGUUAUAGCAGUUUCAUUCAAGAAACGUUUAAAAUUAAAAAGUGAUUAUCAAAGAAUAUCAAGGACUGACAUCCACAAAAAACAAACUUAAUUUUGAUUGAACUGUUAAUUUAUAAACAUGGGAAACAAGUCAGAAGUAGUGACAUUAUUUCUAGAAAAGAUUUAAGUAAAGCAAAAAGACAACUGGUAAGAUUAAGAAGCCAUUAACCAUUUGCAAUUUAUAUUAUAGUUAUAGAAAUAAUUUCAGUUAUAAUUAGCUCUUGCCAAUUAAUAAGAAGAGAGCAGCACCACAAUUUUUAAUUUUUUUUAACUUUUAUUUUAGGUUCAGGGGUACAUGUGCAAGUUUGUUAUGUAGGUAAACUGCAUGUCAAUGUCAUGGGGAUUUGGUGUGCAGAUCAUUUUAUCACACAAUUAUUAAGCGUAAUACCCAAUAGGUUUUAUUUCUGAUCCUCUCCCUCCUCCCAAUCUCCACCCUCAAGUAGACCCCAGUGUCUCUUGUUCUCCUCUUAGUAUCCACGUGUUGUCUUUGUUGGGCCCCCAUUUGUAAGUGAGAACAUGUGGUAUUUGGGUUUCUGUUCCUAUGUUAGUUUGCUUAUGAUAACGGCUUCCAGCUCCAUCCAUAUUGCUACAAAGGACAUGGUCUUGUUGUUUUAUAUGGCUGCAUAGUAUUCCGUGGUGUUGGUAGAUACCACAUUUUCAUUAUCCAGCCUAUUGUUAAUGCACAUUUAGGUUGAUUCCAUAUCUUUGCUAUUGUGAACAGCGCUGCAAUGAACAUACACAUGCACAUGCCUUUAUGGUAAAAUGAUUUAUAUUUCCUUGGGAAUAUGCAUUCCUUUGGGAAUAACGGGAUUGCUGAGUCAAAUUGUAAUUCUAAGUUCUUUGAGGAGUCACCAACCUGCUUUCCACAGUGGCUGAACUAAUUUACACUCCAACCAACAGUGUAUGUGUUCCAUUUUCUCGACAACCUGUCAGCAUCUGUUAUUUUUUGAAUUUCUAGUAACAGCCAUUCUGACUGGUGUGAGAUGGUAUGCAUUUCUGUAGUGAUUAGUGAUGUUGAACAUUUUUUAUAUGCUUUUUAAAUGCAUAUAUGUCUUCUUUUGAAAUGUGUUCAUGUUCUUUGCCCACUUUCUUUUUAAUGGGUUGCUUGUUUUGCUUGUAAAUUUUUUGAAGUUUCUUAUAGAUUCUGGAUAUUAGAUCUUUGUUGGAUGCAUAGUUGGCAAAUAUUUUCUACCAUUCUGUAGGUUGUCUGUUACUUUGCUCAUUGUUUUGUUUUGUUUUUGUUUUUUGAAACAAGGUCUCAUUUUGCCACCCAGGCUGGAGUGCAGUGGCACAAACAUGGUUCAUUGUAGCCUCAACCUCCCAGGCUCAAGUAGUCCUUGCACCUCAGCCCCCCAAGUAGCUGGGACUACAGGUGCUUACCCCCACGCCCAGCUAAUUUUUUGUAUUUGUUUGUAGAGACAGAUUUUUCCAUGUUGCCCAAGCUGGUCUUGAACUGCUGAGCUCAAGCAAUCUGCCUGCCUCAGCCUCCCGAAGUACUGGGAUUUAGGCAUGGGUCACCACAUCUGGUCAAUAGUUUAUUUUGAUGUGCAGAAGCUCUUUAAUUUAAUGAGAUCUCAUUUGUCCAUUUUUGUUUUUGCUGCAAUUGCUUACGUUGUCUUUAUCAUGAAAUCUUAGCCAAGUCUUAUGUCCAGAAUGGUAUUUCUUAAGUUAUUUUCCAGGGUUUUUAUAGUUUAACGUUUUAUAUUUAAGUCUUUAAUCCUUCUUAAGUUGAUUUUUGUAUGUGGAGUAAGCUGGGGGCCUAGUUUCAGUCUUCUGCAUAUGGCUAGCUAGUAAUCCCAGCACCAUUUGUUAACUGGAGACUUCUUUCCCCAUUGCUUGUUUUUGUCAGCUUUGUCGAAGAUCAGAUGGUUGCAGGUGUACAGCAUUAUUUCUCGGCUCUCUGUUAUGUUCCAUUUAUCUACAUGUCUGUUUUUGUACUAAUACCAUGCUGUUUUGGUUACUGUAGCCCUCUAGUAUACUUUGAGGUUUGGUAACUUGAUGCCUCCCCCUUUGUUCUUUUUGCUUAAGAUUGCCUUGGCUAGGCUCUUUUUUAGUUCCAAAUGCAUUUUAAAGUAGUUUCUUUCUAAUUCUGUGAAGAAUGUCACUGGUGUUUUGAUAGGGAUAGCAUUGAACUAUUUGCUCAACUCAACAUUUUAGAAAUUUAUUUCAGCCGUCUAGUGCUCAAAACUUGCAGCUAGAAU